AUGUGGUUGCUGGCACUAGGUGGGGUUUUUGUGGCAGCCGCCAAGGCCUGUGUUUUCUGCCGCCUCCCAGCCCACGACUUGUCAGGCCGCCUGGCUAGGCUCUGUAGCCAGAUGAAGGCCCAGAGGAAGGCAUGUGAAGUCUCCCCGGAUUUCUCGGUCUUUGCCUUAGAUGAGGUGUCCCUGAACAAAGUCACAGAGAAGACUCACAGAGUCCUGAGGGUCAUGGAGAUCAAAGAGGCUUUCUCCUCACUGCCUGCAUAUUGGCAAUGGCUUCGAAAGACCAAGCUCCCGGAGUACACCAGGGAAGCUCUCUGUGCUCCCGCUUGCCGUGAGCCUGGGCUUCCCUCUCCCCGGCUGUCUCCUGCAGGGGGCAGCACCAUCCUGUACAACUGCUCUACCUGCGCGGCAACCGAGGCGUCCUGCUGGCCCCGAAAGCGCUGCUUCCCAGGAAGUCACGAUCUUUGGGAAGCCAGGAUUCUGCUCCUGUCUGUCUUCGGGGCCGUCCUGCUUCUGGGUGUUCCGAGCCUCCUGGUGGAGUCCCGGCACCUCCAGGCUAAAAGUGACUUGUAAAGAUGCUGACAACCUCCCAGUCUCCAGCUCUAAGGGGUGUGUACCCACAACAUCUAACCAGCCAGCCCCUUAAUCCCAGCCUAAAAGGCUCAGUCUUCCAGACCCUAAAACCCAGACAUCCCCACCACAAUCCUAGCAUCAGAAGGCUGCCAGGAACCCAGGCACCCACAGCUGGAAAGUUCCUCCCCUUCAGCCCUCAACCAAUCAGACAGGGCCAUCAACAAUGCCAGGAAAAUAGCUACAGAAGGAAAGAAUCCCCUACAGCACCCCUCCCAUACCCCCUCUGCCUGUUCCCGGAAAGCGGGGGCUGUCUGCCCCAGAAGCUACUCCAGGCCCUCCUAUGACUGGUUAGGAAUCCGGUAAUGCCUGUUCUGGAAAACUCCAUCCCUCUGGAGUGAGACCACAUCAGUCAGUCCGCUGGCAUGCUCUCCCUCCAUUGUGCUAACAUCUUGAAGCCCUGACCCCCUUUGGAGGCCUCUUUCCUUCUGGGCCUAAUUAAACCUGCUAUC